UAAUUUCACAUUAAUCCGCUUAAAAAUGAAAAGAAAUUGAAUUUUAUACCUCCCCCCAAAGGCCACAUUCAAUGACAGAUUUUUUUCCAAUUCACUGAGUGAUGCGAUUAAGCCAGUUAGAUACACAUUUCCAAAUCAAGGCAGUUUAAGCAUCUUAGGUCCAUUAAAUUUAAAAAAUUGUAUAUGUUUAAAAUGAAGUUUUUUCUCAGUUUCAUAUUUAGAUUCCUGUUGCCAUUAAGAGCAGCCUGCUGCUGGACUCGCAGGAAGUGCUUUCAAGCCGAGGCCGGGAUCCUACAGUGGUUGCAAAGGCAUCGUGAGAAAUUCGUGUUCUACGUUCAUCAUAUUUGGGCAAUUUUUAUUCUCUUUCUGAUUGGAGUUAUCUUCGUCUACGAAUUGUGGUACGUUUUGCCGAUGUUAGCCGAUACCCAGGGCAUAUGGCACAAGUUAAACUGGUUGCUGGGAAUCUAUAUUGUCUUUAAUAUAUUGGGAAAUUGGUGGCUAGCCUUUGAGAGCAAUACAUCGGUUGAGAGUUUGUCCCUGAAACGACAGCUACCGGAGCCUGGUGAAGCUCACCUGUGGCACUAUUGUCCCACCUGCCAAAAGUUUGUGCCACCUAGGUCCUGGCACUGCAGGUUGUGCAACACCUGCAUUCUGAAGCGAGAUCAUCACUGCAUCAUCACGGGCAACUGCAUUGGCCAUAAUAACCAGCGAUACUUCCUGGCCUUCUUGUUUCAUCUGACCUUCGGUUGUGGAGUGGCCCUCGUGUAUAAUGUCAUGUUGUCCUGGAAAAACAAUGCCUUUAUUGUUGCUGAGCCUAUUUUAGUAGUUGGACAAGAUUACUCACAAGAUCCUGAUUUAAACUGGAAGAUCUUGAUCGCCACCUUGGUUAAAUUGAACUUUUUCCUUUUCAUGGUUCCCCUGCUAAUGUUUGUCUUUCAAAUGGUGAUGGUCCAUAGGAACAGUUCUUGCUAUAUGAUGCUGGACCGGAGCUACGAUGUCGGCUGGCGGCGAAACUUUGACAUUGUCCUGGGAAAACGAAGGUUCUGGGUAUUCCUCUCCCCAACGGUAGCAAGUCCUCUUCCCAAUGAUGGAGCCCAGUGGAUCCAGAAGCAGUUUGUAUAACUGAUUUACAAAUUGAAAAAGAAAACGGAAAUACCUGAAUCCUGAUUCCUCAUCUCAUGAUCAAUAUUUUGCCGGCUUAAUGCCUGGCUUCAUGUUGGCUUACCAAAUUCAGAUUUUAUGCUUUAACUCUAGUUACUAGAUUGAUCGCAACUUAUGACUAUA